CGGGGACACGAUCCGGAAGUCGGUGUAAUGAAGAGGUGCCACUUGGCGGCCAUGGCCGCUGUGGUAUCGGCGUCUCGGGGUCGAGGCGUGGAGGAGAGGAGUACCGUGGGCAGCAUCGGGUCUAGGGCAGAGACAGUUGGGUGUCAGCUUUGCUGCUGAAUCCCUAGCACUCGUCGUUAGGGGCCUGCAGGGCGGCUCUUCCCAUUCCGGACUCGGAGGGGACUUUGCUGGGCCGGUGGGCUGGUCCCUACUCGAGGGGGGCGGAUCACCGGCGUGGCCGCCCUAGGCGAAGCGGGGGUGAGGGGACGCGCGGGCUCGCUGGGCUUUUUCUCCUUCCCCCGCUGCUGCCGGGCACGUGGGCUGUGUCUGUGGGGGGCGGGGGAGGAGUGGGCCGUUGUAUACCGCCCUCCUUCCCACGGCUGAGCAACACCACUCCGUGCACCACUUCCCCACCGCUGUCCACCCACGAGAAGCUAGUGACUGCCAUCUGAGAAUCCGCGGGCUGGAACUGAAGACUGGCUCAAAGUGUCAGGAAAAAAAAAAGUGGGAGGGUGGGAAGGCUGCUGUUUACAAGUCCGUUCAAGAGCGACGUGCUCCGUGAACACACCCGCCGCGGGGAGGCUGAAACCACCGGAAAAGCCCACUUGUUCUUGGAACCCGCACCCCUUUGGAAGCCUUUGGAAUUUUGAAGUCUGGCGGCUGUAGGGUGACGGCAGGAGGGAAGGAUGGAUGAUUUCAUCUCCAUUAGUCUGCUAUCUCUGUCGAUGUUGGUGGGAUGUUACGUGGCUGGGAUCAUUCCUUUGGCUGUGAAUUUCUCAGAGGGUUUCUUUUGUUUCUUUGUAGGAGCGACUGAAGCUGGUGACUGUUUUGGGUGCUGGCCUUCUCUGUGGUACCGCGCUGGCAGUCAUUGUACCUGAAGGAGUACAUGCACUUUAUGAAGAUAUCCUGGAAGGGAAACACCACCAAGCUAGUGGAUCGCAGAAUGUGUUUGCAUCAGACAAAGCAGUGGUCCAUGAACACGAGCACAGCCACGACCACACGAAGCUGCAUGCCUACAUCGGCGUGUCUCUUGUUCUGGGCUUCGUUUUCAUGUUGCUGGUGGACCAGAUUGGCAGCUCCCAUGUGCAUUCCACUGAUGGUGAGUGAUCCAGAAACAGCAAGACCCAUCAGUUCCAAAAUCACUACCACGCUGGGUCUGGUUGUCCAUGCUGCAGCUGAUGGUGUAGCUUUGGGAGCAGCAGCUUCUACUUCACAGACUAGUGUGCAGUUAAUUGUGUUUGUGGCAAUAAUGCUACAUAAGGCACCAGCAGCAUUUGGGCUGGUUUCCUUCCUCAUGCAUGCUGGCCUGGAGCGGAAUCGAAUCAGAAAGCACUUGCUGGUCUUUGCACUAGCAGCACCAGUUAUGUCCAUGGUGACAUUCUUAGGACUAAGUAAGAGCAGUAAAGAAGCUCUUUCAGAGGUCAACGCUACUGGAGUAGCCAUGCUUUUCUCUGCUGGGACAUUUCUUUAUGUUGCCACAGUACAUGUCCUACCUGAGGUGGGCGGAAUAGGGCACAGCCACAAGGCUGACAGCACUGGAGGGAGAGGCCUCAGCCGCCUGGAGGUGGCAGCCCUGGUUCUGGGUUGUCUCAUCCCACUCAUCCUGUCAAUAGGACACCAGCAUUAAAUGUUCAGGUUCCAGCCUCAGUCCAUGGUCGCUUGCCAUCCAGUGAGAACAGCCAGCCUGUGACAGCUGCUCACUUCCUCAGUGUCUUGUCUCACCUUGCCCAUCUCCACCUGUGUUCCCAGAGUCCGGAGGGAGGUGAGAGUCAACCCCAGAGUAAUGGAGAAGCUUGUAGAAUAGGAACAACACGUUGUGAUUAGGUAGAGACUUGUGUUGUCUUUUAAAGGGUCUUUGGCAUAUUGAGUAUUGAUGUUUCUCUUAACCCUAUUCUCAGGGAAGAUGGAAUUUAGUUUUAAGGAAAAGUGGAGAACUUCAUACUCAAAAGGAAAUAGUAAUUAUGAAAAUCCAGUGUUCUGCAAUUAAGCUAAAUGUCUUUUCUCCUUAGAGGCUCUGCCAUUUUACCCCCAUUGAUAUUUAAAACAGUCCUCACCCUGGAAGACUGGUGCUUUAGCAUCUAUGCCACAUGCCUUGAUAGAAGGCCACAGCACCAUUCUCUUAGAUGCUGAAGGUGAUUGCAGUUAACUUGAAAUUAGAGAAGGAACAUCAGAGCAAGACACAGUGAAAGUUGAACUUCUCUAAAAGAAGGUAGCUGGUGAAAGGACAUGUCUAGAGAAUCUUCACCACCUCCUUUGCAUAUGCCUCCCUGAAUAUAGCCUGCUAUUGUUUCCAGUGGUGCAGCCAUGGUGGGACUGGUAUUUAAAGAGAUGACUAGUGUUUUAUAGCAUCUCUUUCAAGUUUCCUUGGCAGAAUACCUGCCUCUAACCCAUUUUUAAAGGACCCAAGUUCUUGUAGGUUCAGGCUAGGCUUUCCUUUAAUUAUAGUCCUAUUACAAAAUAUCUUUGGAAAUUAAGGGAUACUCAAUUUUAAGUGAAUUUGGGUAGUUAUUGACAAUGUUUUAAUGACCUUUCUAAAAGCAAGACUAUCAAAAUCUGUGUUGUUCUUUUUUCUUCUUUUAAGUAUUUCUUUUAGCAGGUCGACAGUCCCUCUGGCAAGGCACUUGUCCAGCGUGGGAAGCAUUGUGUCUGCUCACAUAAGCAAGCACCUGUAGCAUGAAGAGAGUCUAGCUGUAUCAUAAGUGAGAAGUGUCUGCCCGUUGGCUUAAAGCUUACUGAAAUCAUGUGUCUUGUGUCUUUAUAUUUCCCAUGCUUUUCUCCUAACUUUCUUCUCUAGCUCCUUCUCCCCAUAUUUGCUGCUUACUGCUGGUGGUGAUGUCAGUACUGUGUGAGACAAAUUCUCAUCAGGACACCCACUCUGAACUGUGGUGAUGAAGAUAAUAGGGUCUCUUUCCUUUAGUCCCUUUAAAUAAGUUAACUUUUGUGUCCACCACAGCCUUUUUUAGCUGUUGACAUAUCACCUCCUCAUGUGUGAGUUCACACAGUCACUAAUAAUACUCUGGGUAAUUUAAACAGCUGAGACAGCAGAAGUGUUUAACAAACUAAGGUAAUAUAUCCAUGUUUGCCAAAAUCUGUAAAAAUCCUGUGUUGUCGAAUUAAGUGUAUAAUACUGUAUUAAUUUAUUUUAAUUUUUUGUACCAUUUGCAAACACAUUACAUUAAGAGGGAACUAAGACUAGUUUCUUCAGGACAGUGGAUUUAGUCAUUGGUACAAACAUUUUUUGUGACACAUAAGCCAGCAUGCCUGUGUUUUCUUCUUUCCUAUUUCAUCACUGGGUCUGCAGCUGUGGUGUUGCACUUGUGCGCCCUCUGCUGGCUCCAGUGAAGGAAGUAGCAUAAACAGAAUACGGUUUUUGUAUAGUGGCCGGCAACCAUUGCAUCCAACAAUAAAGCCAAGAGAAAGUCGGAGUGACUCUCCUAAUUCAUGGUAACAGUGGUCCUUCUAAAGUAUGGUUGCCUUGAUUCUUUCUAGAAACAUACUUGUCAAGUACAUAGCAGGUUUUUUGUGUCUGGUUCAGUUUGGAUAGAAGUAAUUUCUAUUACAUAGUUGUGUGCGAUGAUAAGAAAUUUGUUCUGCUGGCCAAAGCGUCUCUCAGCAGUGCCUUGCCAUCACACAUAAAAAGUUUGGCCAGAAUAUCUUGCUAGACAGGGCCAUAAGCUCUGGCAAGGACUGAACAUCAUACUUCCAAAUUUGCCUUCCCCUCUGGACCUCAAUAUUAACAGGCUCUCAGAAGCUGUGGGCUUUCCCAGAUCCUAAAGCUGCUGCCUUGGGAGCUACUCUUAUUUCCCCUGGCCAGCAGGCAGAAAUAGCCAUAUGAAUCUUAUAGGGCUCAAUGCAUCUUCAGGAAGCAGGGAACCACACAGUGUGGCAGAGGCCCCCUUCACUCGAGGAAGAGUUUGGUCAAGUGGCGGGCUGUGUCUCCCAGAAAGGCCAUCUCAAUGUUCACUUGUUACCAUAUUUUAGUACUGUUUUCUUCUUUCCUGUUUAAAACUGCCUCCUUAGAUGUGGAUGCCUUAAUGCUCAAAUGUAUCUGAAAACACUAGCAAAUUUAGUUGAUGUCAUGAUUAUAAAUGAUAUUAUUGGCAACCAAAGAGAUGCAGUUAAUUAUGAAAAACAUGGCCCAUCCUUCCUUAUAACCAAAGUCAAUCUGAAUUGCAAUUUUGAGUCCUUUUCCUUAUUAAGGCUAGACUUUCUUCAGGUUCCAAGUAUUCUUUUAGUGGCAAAUUAAGUUGAAAUCACUUCUACCCAUUUCCCUCAUUUGUUCUCCACAUAGUUGCUUGUCAGUUCCCACAUCAUCAGAGUGAUGUUGCAGGUUUGAUUCUGGGGUUUUCUUGGCAGUGGUUCUGCAGUGCAAUCUGGAGAGUUUACCUACAGAGGCUGUAUAUUCUUCCCAGCCCCCUUCACCUUCUUAGUUUCUAGUCCAAAACAGCCUGUUCUGGUAGUUUGAAUCUCUAGAGAAAAGGAAGAGUGUGGCGGUUUUGAGGUGUCACUCCUUCCAGAAAGGGGACAAUGUAAUUGUGGUUUUUACCAGUUUACUUCUAAAUGUAAAUGUCACUGCCUAGUUGGUUGUUGUUUUUUUUUUUUUGAAGAUUUGAAUUAGCAAGACACACAGGCAUCUGAGUGUGUGCAGCUCCUGACCUAUGUGUUGGCUAGGUACUGGCCCUGGAAACUGUCAACAGCAGAAGCCCCCAAAGGAUAAAAGAUAUAAGAAUAAUGACUACAACUGUCCCUAGCUGCUGCAGUGUGGAGUAAGAACCCUCCAUGGUUGUUCUAUAGGAGACCUUUUACAUCUAGAAAUUUCUACUCAGUAGAGAAGGGUCCACCUUGCCCAAAGAGUGACAUUAUAAAGAUGUUAUGAAAUUAAAACCAGUGAUGAAACCUUUUUGUACCUGAGAUAUCUCAGUUUACCUCAGGACACCCGAAGGAGGUGUGUGACUUACGGAAAAGGACUAGCCAGCUGUUCAGGAGUCCUAGGUAUAUAUGCUCAGUCAAACACAGCUGCUUAACACAAAGACUAGCUUUGCCCUUUUCUGGUAGUGUUUUCUGGCAAGCUGGGAGUCUCGUGGGAUAACACUGUACUUCCCCCUGGUUCUGUGGCCUAAACAAUGAUCUUAAGUGUCUCUUUUUCUGGAUACUUUGUACACAUGAAAUCAUUCCAUGGAUGGCUGCCUUAUAAUUUUGUCUUUACCACUUUAAUUGUGAAUGGUUUAAAAUUUUCUGAUUUGUUUUCUGAUAAUAAAUUUUUAUUAGUGCAUAACUUA